AUGCCGCCCAGAAAGAAAAUCAAGCUCAAUUAUACACCAGCCGAACCGCAAUCAUCGACCGAGACAGACGACCGCGCAGCUCGCCACGCCGCUCAUCUCGCAGCCCGUCGAUCUGCAAGGGAGGAUUUCGACCCCCCUUUUGAUAUCGAAGACGAAGACCAAAACGACGAGGACGAGGACGAGGACGAGGACGAGGACGAGGGCAACAUCGACGAAGAGAACCCCGAUCCCGACGAAGGCUCAGAGCCCGAAUCAGACCAGGGUAGACAACUCAAGGCUGCUACACAAUCCAACACCUUUCUCCAAACCGGCUUUCAGACUGCCGAAGGACUGCGUGUCGCGCAGGAACACCCACGCAACAUCAGAAACCCACAGCACUUGCGGAUUGCCAUUCGUCCUCGAGACGCGUCGGCCUCAUCCCAAGGUGCCGCGGGAAACAGCCGAGGAGGAGAGAGUCUUGCGCCUGCGACAACAAGCCGCGCCGCGUCACCAUUGCCAGACCCAGAGCCAGAGCCAGAGCCAGUAUACAUCUCUCCCGGACCACUUGCCGAUCCUACUUCGAUCGCAGGUGGCGACGAGCCUGGUUCGCGUCCGGAAACCGACAUCAUCACCGCGGCGACACCGACGACACCUGGUGCUCCUCAGGGCGAACCCUCCAGUUCCGUUCCGCCGACCACCGACUCGACCCCGGGCACUGGCCUUGAGCCCAAGGCAACUUCCGGAAGCGUCAUCUCCGUCUCCGCCAUGACGGAGAAUAACCAGGCAGCGGCGGGCGCCGAUGCGCCUGGCGGAUUGCCGUUCUACGAGCAGUCGCGCACGCAAUUGAAAUCGCUUUUGGCCAAGAGACGCGAGCUGGAGAAGAAGUUGUCCAUGAUCGAGGACUCAAUCUCCACCAAGGAACAAGAGUAUCUCGACUCAACCCCGUCCGGAAACAUCAUGGCCGGGUUCGACAACUACACCAAGGGGACCAAUGCGGCGGCGGCCCAGCGGCGCAAGGGGGCCAACAUGGAACUGCACCGCGUUUUCUCGAAGUCGUCCAUCUCGUACAACGCGAACGCGGCCGACUCCACCGCGAACACGCCGGGCUCUAGUCACGCCCCGACGCCGGUGAGCACGACGUUCGCGGGCGGGAGCGGCAGCAACCACCCCACGCCGACGAGCGCGACGGCGUCCACGGGCAAGGCGGGAGGAGGCGGCGGCGGCUCGAAGAAGGACAAGAAGAAGGCCGCCAUCAGCCUGAGCGUCGAUGCUGGUGGUGACAGCGAGAGCGACGUCAACGUCAAGAAGGUCAGGACCAACUUUGGAGCGUCCAGAAAGUAG